CGUGUCAUGUAAGCCAGCGCCGCUAAGCCGCGGCGGCACGCGAAUUCGGCGACCUCGGGCCAAUAUGAUUGAACGGCGGUUUCAAAAAAACGGUCCAAACAAUCGUUUCCCUCGUUGCUUUUUUCUGGCUCUUUUUGGAGCUUCAUAUGAGCAAAACAUAUAAUACUUCAAAACACAGAGUACAACGCGAUGCCAGAAAGCCUAGUAGAGCCACUGCACGACAACAAGAGCCAGCCGCUCACCAACGGCGCGGCCAAUGCGGCGUCUGACGCUCCGGCGCAACGCUCCCUCCGCGACGUCUGCAACGAUGCGCAGCGCAAAGUCGCCGCCUUCCUGAGCGAACCAGACCCGGGCUCCGAGAUUCUACGAGCUGUGCAGCGACAGGUCCGCAUCUCGCUGGACGUCGUUGACAAGGCUCUAGAAGAAUAUGGAAUCCCAGAACUCUCCCUCUCCUACAAUGGCGGCAAAGACUGCCUCGUCAUGCUGAUCCUGAUCCUCGCCUGCCUCCCACGACACUUUGACUCCUCCAACACGCCACCGCCGACCACAGAACCCGCCACCACCACCACACCCAUCAAGGCGAUACCACAACCCCCGAGGCUGUCGGCGCCGUCACCACCACGCCAGUUCCCAGACUCGCUGCAGGCCGUGUACGUCGUGUCGCGCCACCCCUUUGCCGAGGUGGACGCCUUUGUCGACCGCACCUCGGCCGAGUACCACCUGGCCGUCGAGCGCAUCGCGCAGCCCAUGAAGCCCGCCCUGCACGCCUACCUGGCCGCGCGCCCGGCCGUGCGGGCCGUCUUUGUCGGCACGAGGCGGACGGACCCGCACGGCGAGAGCCUGACGCACUUUGACGCCACGGAUCCGGGGUGGCCGCCGUUUAUGAGGGUGCAUCCGGUGAUUGACUGGCACUAUGCUGAGAUUUGGGCUUUCAUCCGCCGCCUGGGCAUCCCAUACUGCGAGUUGUACGACAGGGGCUACACGUCCCUUGGUGGCACGACCGACACGAAUCCGAACCCUGCACUGAAGCGGGUUGUAGAAGAUACGGCGAGCGGCAAGGCGGACUCGCAAGAGACAUUUCGGCCCGCUUACGAGCUCAUGGAUGAUUAUGAGGAGCGGCUUGGGCGUGACAGGUAGCAAGGUGCAGCGUUUUUGGUGAACGGCUGAUCAGGGGCCUUGGCGCAACAGUAAAUGUCUGCUUGAGUUGGUCGGAGCUAGUUUGAAAACAACUGCUACCGCGCGGGAUAAUGUCUGUUAGACCGACCUACUCGAUAUUUGUUUCUACCAAAAGAAUAGACGAUAUAUCUGUAAAAACACAUAGAUGGUCUCAUAAAGUCGUUGGACUGAA